AUGACCUCGCCUCCCCUCGCCAUGCAGCAAAUAGGAUCUCAACCUCAACACUUGAGGAGUGAGGGCAGGCUGACGUCAACAUAUGGCGACAACCAGCUAUGGGAAGACACGCGCGGAGGGCUGGAGGGCAGAACGACCUCGCCCUAUCGCGACCAUCAUCGACGCGAAGACCCACGAAGAAAGCCAGAGGGUAGAUUGAACUCCUCCCUUGGCGCAGCGCAGCUAUACGGAAAUGAUCGCAGGAGGCUUGAGGACCAUAUGACCUCGCCUUCGCACUCCCAUCAUCACUCCGAACCGCAGUCACGGUCUGCGUAUGCAAGGAGACUCAACCGCAAGCAUCCGGAUGCCGACUCCGACAGCAGCUCAGAUGGGCAUUGGACCAUCGCAACACACCGCAAGCAACACAAACAGGCGGGUGGGAACAACAGGCUUGAGGGCAGGACAACCUUGCCAUCAUAUGCACGCGAGCAUGGAACCUCAUGGGGUAGGCUCGAGGGAAUUGGAACCUCGCCUACACGAAAUCAGCAACAACUGAACGCCAAACAGCGUCAUAUUGACAGCAGAGGAUCCACGCCGCCUCGUGUCCACCACCUUGCGAACACCAGGGAUAUAAACAGUCGAUCCCCCUCCCCACCUCGCCACACGCAACACAACCCUAACGAGGAGAAUAGGCUUGAGGGCCGCAAGACCUCGCCUCAGCGCAUGCACCAGCACACCAGCACCAGCACCUCGCCACAUCACACGCAUUACCGCACGGAAGAAAGAGACGGGCGCGAGGGCCGUAAGACCUCGCCCUCUCGCACUAAACAACGCACAGAGGAUGGAGGACGGACUGAGGGCCGCAUGACCUCGCCCAACGCUCACACCGGUAUACAAGCGAGCAGCGCAGACCAACAAGGGGAGAAAAGAGCACCCAGACGUCGGCGCGGACCAGCAGCCCCCGAUCCAGGGAAACCAGGGGCACGAGACGACCCACGUAGAAGGGGUCUCAGCGGCGCUGGAGUAGCACGUUACCUUCGAUACCUGGCAAGAAGCAUGAGUCCUGACUCUGCGCGGAGCCGAGCCGUGAGACCAGUACAGCAAGAAGCCCCAGCUGCCAAAACCACCGGCAACCAACGUGUGCCAACAGCAACAAAAAGGCAACCUGCAAAGCGGUGA